AUGUCUUUGCAAUCUGGAAACUCGCCAACUGAUACGGGAUCUGGGAACCAGAAUGGUACAGUUUCUAAUCAGGAAAGGAACAAUAAUAGAGGAACCAGUGGUUCAAGAGGUCCCAGUCACAGGAAUAAUAGUAACAAUGAAACUCUGAAUUUUGAUGAUAAUUAUGCGGCAAUUUUGCAGAACUUGGCUAGCGAUAAUGCCCAAGCUAUGUCACAGAAUUUUGGCAAUAUUAAUGCUAAAAAUUCCCUGUUGUCUAUCUUUUCCAAGGAUGAUCGAAAUAAAGGCCAAGGAAGUAAUGAUGAGUAUGAUGGCGGGCCUAAUAUUGCGAAUGAUAAUAAUAACGUGAGUUCCGCAGCGGGAAGCGGGCUAGAUAAGCAGAAUAUUGAUGUACUUUUGAAACAUUACCAGAAGCUGCUGAAUAGAUCAGGCUCUCCGAACAAUUCAGGUGGGCAAAGAACCUUGGAUGAAGCCGAUAAUCAACGGGAUACUAAUAAAUCGACUAUUACAGAGAGACCGUGUGACCACUGCCGAAGAAGACAAAAAAAUAGUGUGAUGGUACCGGAUUUGACAAGUUGUAUUCAUUGUGAAACUAAAGGUAUCAAAUGUGCUUUCUCAGAACUGCCGAACCACAUAAAUAGAUUCACUGUUGCCGAGACAGAUCAGACCAGAAGUAAACAUCCUCGCUCGGAAGAGUAUGAUAACUUGGAAACUUUACUCAAGAAGGCUAAAUCAAGCAACAAUGAAAACGUUGUACAAUAUUAUUCUGAGUUACUACAAAACAUGAAUGACUCCGGUUCCACCCCUCAUCCACUGCAUUAUGGCCCCGCACAAAAUAGUUUAUCACCGCCAAGAGUACCGAGUAAUCCAAGCUUGAUCAACAUGCUCCAGUUUAAUCAGAGGGGCCUAUCCCAGAUGAAACAGUCGCCCUCUCCACCAGGACAGUUCCCUAGGUCAUCUUUUUACGUAGGAGCAACAUCAGCAUACGACGUGAAUCUUGUCAAUCAUGUUCAAUUGGACCACAUUGAUCAGGUUCAGUUGUUACCAACUGUUGCAUUACGGAAAGUCGCACCUAAUGUGCAGUUCAUACUCAGAGAUAAUUUCGAUCAGCAGCUUUACGCAAAGCAAGAACAGGAAAUCGACAUGGCCGAAAGACUCGUUUAUCCACAUGGUGAAGUUUUGAUAGACAUUUUCUUCAAGUUUGUUCAUCCUUACUAUCCAAUCUUGCAUGAACGAAUCUUUAUGGAAAAAUAUUCAAGAUCAUAUCGGGAGCUAACCGCCCCUCUACUUGCAUCAAUAUACUCACUGGCUCUUCAGUGGUGGGACUUUCAUCCCAAGUUAAUAGGAUUUCCAAAGCCAGAUGUCACAAAUCAGCUUAACGAUAUUGCCUUGAGGAAUUUUUUCGAGAUGAUCGAAAGGCCAAAGCUUAGUAUGGUCCAAACGGGGUUACUAAUACUGAGCUGUAGAAGCGAGUGCACAAAUAAUUGGGUGUUGAAUUCCACCGUCGUGGCUCUUGCUGAAGAGCUCGGCCUCGGGAUAGAUUGUCAUGACUGGAAACUUCCCAGAUGGGAAAGAGGACUACGUAGACGGCUAGCAUGGGCAGUGUGGGCUCAGGAUAAGUGGACUGCCUCAAUAGAGUCGCGUCAUUCGAAUUUGAUUUUGGGGAGAAACUGGCUCGUUAAAAUGUUGACAGAGGAAGACUUUCCAGCCGAUUCUCCAGUGAUAAACAGCUCAAGACAGCAGGAAAACGCUACUAACAUGGCUAACCCCUUGGGCAACAUAUCUUUAUAUGAUAUGUCCCCCACGAAUGAUGACUUCGUGGACGGUACACUGAUGUUUAAGCAACUUGUUUCUUUGAGUGUGAUUUUGGGCGAAAUCAUGGAAACCUUUUACACUGAAGGUGCCGUUCAAUUAACGACAAAGAUAGAGCAAGUUCUGAAAUUAGCCAAGCCGCUGCAACUGAAAUUGAGAGAGUGGUAUCAUUCGUUGCCGCCACAGCUGUCUAUGAACAAGUUUGUGCCAAGAAAAUUCAACGCUAAUGCGACUUUGACUUUAGCGUACUUCGCAGUUGAAAUUACGUUGCAUAGGAAGAUAAUAUCUACUUUGGGGCAAGAUACACCAAAAGAGCUCGUCCAUGUCUGUCGUACGGCUGCGAGGACAAGGCUUGUUGCAGCCAUCGAGUUUGUUCGCGAUCUCAAAAAUGAACACAUCAAUGCCUUUUGGUACACAUGCUCAACUGGUAAUCUUAUGUUAAUAGGGACAUUUGCAGCGUUGCUCUAUGUGACAGCCAGAACAAAGGAUGAGGCUAUAGUCUUCAGAGACUGUUUGCGUAACUAUAUUUGGGUUCUGAGGGUUGGAUCCAAAUCAUUCGAAAAAGCUGCUAACGCACUGAACCGUAUUCAUAUGCUACUCACCCAGAUUCCAGGACUUUUAACUGAUGAACAACCAAAAGAACCAACAUCUCACUCUCCAACUUUACCAUUACGGCAAUGGAAGGCAGAACCAGAACAACCUUCACCAGAUUUCAACCAAUUGAGGAAUCUGCCACCUGAGUUGCUCCAUAGCCUCACGAGUAUGCGAGGCAACACGCCAAACAUAUCAAGCAAUAGAGACUCCAAUCAUUCAUUUUCUCCCGGUUACAGCAGCUCAUCGAGGAACGAAAGCAAGAAUCAAACAUACAACGGGAUCAACGCUAAGAACGGUUUAACAAACUCCAGUGAAGGCAACGCCAGUAGAGGAAGCCCUUCUGACUCGGAAGCUCCAGCAGGUCCUAAACCAGUGGCAACUGGUAAUGAAGUAACCAAUGCCGACUUGACACGACAAGAAGGUCGUCCUGAGAACCAGGAUAGAAAGGUUCUAGAGUCGUUUGCUCCAGCUACACAAUCAAAUCAAAGCAAUCCGAUAACUCCCCAAAGUGUGGGGAACGUAGUCAAAGAUGCUACUCCAAUUGCUGACAGUGACCACGAAAGCGGAACCGGGAAGAAUACCGAAAGACCAAUAGACAAGGUAUCAACAAUUUCUCCUUCCUCAGUUGGCGAUAAGAAACAACCAGGUGAUAAUAUGGAUUCUUCUAAGACAACCUCGUCGAGCAAUGCUAAAAAUAAUGAAGUUGGUCGCUCAAGGGACAACUAUGAAGCUGCCUCUGAGAAUGAUUAG